CUCCAGUGAUGUUUUGACGAUUGCAAAUUGGAAGAUAAAACUCAGUUGCCACACAAACUCAACCCCCUUUUUGAUACGGAAAAUUUGGAUAUUUUAAAAGAAAAACACUGUAUUCUGAUAUGUGUUCAUAAGUUACACUAACGCUUCUUCAAAUUUAUAAACAGUAUUAUACUUAAAAGUUAAAGAAAAGCUAACAACAAUGUCGACCAGAUCGCAUUUGACAAAAGAUUUGAACGAGAGUGUAAAAACAAUUCUGGGGCGGAAUGUUAAGAUUUUGGUGAAGUAUAUGGUGAAAUUGGAAACAAAAAGUGAUAAAUUUGAAAACAGAAUGUUGGUUUUGACACCCGUACGCGUUUAUUUGUUCACAGCUAAAGUCCCCACCAGGAUUGAUAGCAAUUUUCACUACCUUGACAUACAUACAAUCGACAGUAAAGAUCCAACACACUUCUCUAUUUCAACAUUAGACAAAACGUAUGUGUUUUCUAGUAUCGGAGAUGCAGGAAAUUUAAGUUCGAAUGCGGACGUUAUCCUUACUGAUUUGUCUUCUGCUAUCAAGCAAAUUUUUCCAACAGUGCCACUGAAAUAUAUUAUUAAAAAGAUUGAAGUGAAUCCCAUAGAACGUGCAUCAAUUUUUUCCGAUGAACUUCGCCCUUCCGACCCACGAAACGUUGGACCAUGCGGCGGGUUUAGCGUCCAAUAUUUUUGCAUGUGUGAUUACCACGGCGUUCAGUACCGUGAGGAGGUGGCAUGGGAUGUUGACACAAUUUAUCUAUCGCAUGAUAAUCGAGUGCUUAAUUUGCACGAUUUUGAUCAUCUGGAACAAAAAGAUUUAAUGGCAAUUAUAUCGGCACUUGAGUAUAAUACAUUUUUCCGAGGAAUUAAAAUAACAAAUACACGCAUGUCGACUGAAACUUUGGAAAGAAUAUUACAUGUGCUAAAACGUUCCAUGUGGCUCGAGGAAAUGCACUUGGAGGCGCUUGGAUUGCGAUCCGACUUUAUUCAUAAGUUUUCUUUUUCUGUGAUAUCGAACAUAAAUCCCGCUCUUCGUUCUAUUGAUUUGAGCCACAAUCUUGUUGAAGACAAGGGUGCUACUAACUUAGCGGGCCCAAUUGCUAAAAUAUCCAAAGGUUUGUCUAAACUUAAACUCUCGCACUGUGGCUUGACAUCGAAGGGAGUUAACCAGCUUGCUCAAUCGUUAUCCCAAAAUCAAAACAUUUCCAACUCAUUAACGUUUCUUGAUCUAAGUGGAAAUAAUUUAAAGGAUGAUAUUACGCACCUUUACAACUUUCUGGCACAACCAAAUGUGAUAGAACAUCUAGACAUUUCAAAAACUGAUACAACAUUAGAAAGCCUUUUUGGUGCUUUACUUCGUGGGUGCUCCACUCAUUUACUUCAUCUUAAUGUUUCAAACAAUAUGUUUGGCACAAAGAAAGGGAAGGAAAUUCCACCGUCAUUUAAACAGUUCUUCACCAGCAGUCUUAGCUUGAAACAUUUGAAUAUUGCCAACUGUAAGCUUCCUCUAGAAGCGCUUAAGCAUUUACUUUUGGGUCUAGCGUGCAACGAAUCGACCGCCGGUCUUUAUCUGGACCUCAGCGGGAAUUCCCUUGGUGCCCAAGGUGCCCAUGUUUUAGAGUCGUGUAUUCACGGAGUUAGAGUAUUGUCAAGCUUAGACAUAGGUGAUAAUAAUCUUGAUUUCGAAAUGGCUUCCGUUCUAACUGCCAUAGGGAGAAAUCCCUCGAUUAGAGUAUUACGUAUGAGCAAAUGCUUCGUAGGAUUAAAAUUGAAGCACAUCGCCACUGUUAUGGAUGCUCUGGUGAAUUUAAUCCAGAAAGAUGAUUUCCAAUUACAAGAGUUAGUUUUGUCGGAGAAUAAGCUGAAGCACGACCUACACAACUUCAUCAAUGCAUUAGGAAGCAACCAAAGUCUUCAAAUUCUAGAUAUAACAGGAAACUUGAUGGGUGACAUAGGAGCCCGACUCUUGGCGAAAGCAUUACAAAUUAAUAACCGUUUAAGAAUUAUUUCCUUAGAUCGCAAUAAUAUAACUCUUCAAGGAUAUUCAGAUAUAGUAUAUGGAUUAGAGCACAAUUACUCGAUGCGGAACAUUCCAUUUCCAUUAUUUGACGUUGCUGCUUGUCUGAAGCAGCAUCCGGAUCGCACAGACAUUCUUAUGCGAAAAAUGCAGGACAUUUUGCUCCGUAACGGAAGUGGACUACAGCGAGGAAAUGGACAAGGAUUCAGAUUGCAACAUGGCUUUCUCCUUUCAUCUACACACCAAAUUAUGGAUAAAUUAGUCUCAGAAACUCAAGAAAUCAUGUCACAUAAACAGUGCUCUCUCGACAACGGAUUGACUCGGCUGCUGGAAGACGCUGAAAAUUGCAAACAAUUAUUGCCAAAACUACAGGAAGUCGCUCGAUGCGAACCUCAUCCCAUUGAAUCCCGGCUGGGAAAGAUCAAAGAAGAACUGAUUUUGUAUAUAAAAAUGUAUUUACAGGACAUGAUGGAAACGAUGCUGCGUACAGGCGUUGAUCAAUGUCCUCUAACUCUCGCUAAUCAAAUUGUGCUGGCAGAACUCCGAAAGAGCUGUGAGGAAAAGCUAAAGAUAUCAGAAGACUUUUUGCAAAACAGUUUGUCAAAUAAUUCCAGUGGUGAAAUUAUGUUUGGUGUUAGCGAAGCAGAACAAGCCUUGGCAAUCUUGAUUUCAGAUCGAGCAACGGAUGAAGUCUUAGAUGCCUUAACCCGCUAUAAAAGAGGCUUAGGUAUUUCAGACUCUCCCCACAGCUAUGCGAACAGUAUUCAGACCCCUGAGACUCCAAGAAGCAGAUCUAGUCAAGGUUCGGACCAUCUAGCACAGUUUGAUACAACUGGUCUUGACCUUCCAAAAUUAGGAUUAGAUUCUCCUACCAAAUUGGAAUAUCUAAAUCUUGCAACACCACAACUUCAAACCAAACGACGCUCAUUGGCGCGGAAAGUUCGCCCUCAGUCUGUCGUUGGGCUCGGUAUUGAGAACCUUAGUUUGACAAACAUUCCUGAUUGCGCGGAAAAACAUUCCCCGGAAGAAAAUUCGAUCGCAAACAGUACGAAAGAAUCGUCCAUUUGGUCAGCUAAAAAGAUCGAAUGUGAUAGCAUUACCGAGCUUCCUAGUCAGUCUCUCACGCUCCAACAUUUAGUCAAGAGCCGCCCAAAGCGAGCAAAAACUCAUACAUCGAAGAAAAUCGUAAGAACGACAGAUGCGGCCACGAUCGGAGUUAACGAUGGAAUAGAUACAUUUUUUCGUUCCGGCACUGAAACUCCUUCAACUUUGACACCGUUGGUGUCACCGACCUCCGAGGAAUGCAGUUCAUUAUCGUUUGUCGAUAGCCCUACACUUAGUCGUGAUGACGGUGGUCGUUUUAGCAAUAUGUCAUCUGGCGAAAUAACUCCAGUUUUGGAAGACCAGCGAUCGGUCCGGCUGGAUAAGGUAUCUCCACUUAUAAAGAACUCCUACUGGGCGCUGCGAUCCAAGUCAUCGGACAAUCUGGAAAAAGACACACCAUUGAUCAAAAAACCAUCACCGCUGGCUAAAAACAAUGUGAAAAAUGUUAAAGAACCCUCAACUGCCAAGGCUGAACACAUAAAAACAACUGAGUAUAGUGAACGUAAAGAUAAGUUGCAAACGUCAGAUUUUUUCAAGAGUCUUAAUUGUGAUCAGCAGGACAAAGGCCAUGCAAUUAUGAAGGCCAAACCUCGGCCAUGGUCGGUACUAGGCCAUGAAUCCGAAAAUGAGUUUGGAUGCAACGAACUAAGUAAUCUAGAAGAUGAUUCAAUAGACGACGAUGGGGAUGUUGUAUUAAUUUCCGGACAAACUCCUGGUGGGUCCAUUGUUGGAAUAACACCUGGUGCCAUCUCUUGUUUUGGAAAUAAUUCAAUAAAUCCAAAACCCUAAUUUUAAAACAUGA